AUGCAGCCCUCGCCCCUCGCAAACCCAUUGGCAACCGUAGCCCAGCUCGAAACCUCCGGUUCCCAACUCGACGGCAUCCCAUCUGAUCUCGAAGACUCAAUCCGUUUCGCCGGCGCCCGCCUCACACAAGCCGCAGGCAUACUCCUCCGCCUACCACAAGAAGUCGUCGCACAAGCUAUUGUAGUGUUUAUGCGCUUCUGGCUCGGCCCGGAAGGAGGAAGUCUCGCAGAAUUCGGCGCAGAACAAGUCUCAGCCGCAUCGCUAUACCUCACCACGAAGCUCUCUGCCUAUCCCAAGUCAGCGCGCAGUCUGGUUAACGUGUACGCGUAUCUUGAUUCGUUGCCGGUUACCUAUUUCGACGGAGACCAUCUGGAGCAGUCGAAGGAUGCGGCGAGAUAUUAUGUGAGCGAGGGCACGUACGAGCGGCGCCGCGCAACGUUGUUCACGACCGAACAACGUAUUCUUCGUACUCUUGGGUUCAAUGUUGCCGUCCAGUUACCUUAUACAUUGUGUAUAACGUAUAUGCAAGCACUCGACAUCUUCUCCCAUCCCCGUGCGUCCGAACUUGCGAAACGUGCGAUUGCGCAUCUGAAUACUGCGUUACUGAGUCCGCAGUGCCUGUACCUUACGCAUCAGCCACCAGCGCUGGCGACGGCAGCUAUCUAUCUGGCGGCGAGGGAGACAGGGAUCAAGAUGCCGGAGUGCGAGUGGUGGGAGGUGUUUGAUACAGAUAGAGAGGUGUUGGGGUUCUUGUGUGUGGGUAUGCUGAGUUUGGAGGGAUUUGCAAAGGAAGAACAGAAGAGGUGGGAGGGGAGGAAGUGUCCGAUGAGUGUUGAGGCAUUGGGGAGGGAGGUUGAGAGGAGGAAGGAGGAAGAGCUGGAUGAGGCUUGA